UAAACAUCAUCUGUCUUAUUAAUUAUUAUUAUAUUCAUGCUCGGAAAUAAUUUUCGCUGAGAUUACUGUCGGGAUUUACAUUAAUAUUGCGCAUGUUUUGUCGAUGUUUAAUGUUCUUUGUUAGAAAGAAUGUUUACUUCCGUGAUGUUUUAUCUGUUUUCUGUAUUCAUUGUUUUCACCCACCAGAAAGCAUGGAUUUCUUCGGAUUGUAGUAUAGGUUCUAGUGAUACUUUGACAUGUAAAGAAAAUAUUCCUGUAGAGAUACCUCUUGGCAUCUCUAGGGUUGUUAUAUCUAAUUAUUUACGUACUAGUAUUUCUAACAUCACAUUUUCACAUGUAAGUUGGAGAAAUGUGAAGGUUUUGGAUAUAAGCAUAAACCCUGUUGUUGAUUUUACAGUAGCCGGAUUUAACUUUUAUAGUUUAAAUAAUGUAAACGUGCUCGGUAUUCAUUCAAGGAGGUUUGAGGAUAUACAUAGAGAUGCGCUAAAUGGACUGAACUCUUUACACACUUUGGAUUUUUCAGAUUGCUCAUCUUUGGACACUACAGAUCUCGUUGAGCCGCUUCUAGCGUAUCCCCGUACACUGAAAUUUCUCAAACUUGAUCAGAUUGGGGGACGCAGUGUCACAAUUGAUGGAAAUUUUAUUAAUAUGGUUGCAGUGAAAAAAAUUUCUAAACUAAGUCUGUGCGGAAUCAAUAUGUUCCCAGUGGGACCUCUCACUGCUACAUACAUAGAACCAACUUUAAAAUACUUAGAUAUUUCAAAUUCUACUAUUCUACCUUCGAGGUCGUACAACUUUAAUGAUCGAUAUAUAUUGCUAACAAACAUGUUAAGAAAUAUUGAAGUCUUGAAUGUUUCCUCAUUGCCGUAUUCGUUUCUUGAUUUAGAUUUCACAGUUAUAAGGAAGGUUAGUGGCAAAGAUUGCCUGCAGAUAUUUAGUGAAUCCAGAUAUAGAUAUAUGAACAACUAUUUAUUUCCGAAUAUGAGUGUACUGGAAAUUAACGAUUUCUUAAAAUAUAAAAUAGUUUUGAACAAUUAUGUCAUUAACUUAACGUGUAUUGGGCAGAUGAAUUUAAAGUAUAUAUCUAUGCGACAGAACAAUCUUCAAUGGAUGAAUAUAAGUUUGUUUUUACCAACUGAUUUUGCCGUCGAAGAAAUGGAUUUGUCCUUGAAUAAAAUACAAUACAUAUCGCCGCAAAUAUUGAGUGGAUUUUCUUAUCUUCAAAGUUUGAAUUUAGCAUACAACAGUCUUGGAUUUAUGCAAAAAUAUGAAGAAUUUAGCAAAAUCUUUUCGGGGCAUAGAAAUCUCAUUGUUUUAAAUCUAGCAUUUAAUAGUUUAACGAAUUUACCAGUAGAUAUGUUUAUGAAUAACAACAAACUUAGCCAUUUGGAUUUACAUGGGAACAAGCUCAUAACACUUAGUUUCAAGUUUCAACAUUUGCACGGUCUUUCAAUUCUUAACCUGAGUUUUAAUGGCAUAGUGGCAUUGGAUCCAGUCACUAUAAAAGCAUUUAAUAGUUUCCGAAAUGUUAUCGAACGGAUCGAAAAUAAAACUGCUGUAAUAAACUUAGAUUUAAUCGGAAAUCCCUUUGUAUGUGAUUGUAAAACUGUAGGAUUUAUUGAAUGGAUAUUUACAGAUCUGAUAGUGAACAAAACUCAACCUUACAGCUGUUAUUAUGAAGGGGAGUACCUUACUAUCGACAAAAAUAUUAUCGAAAAGUCGAAAUUUUUAUGCCAUCGGACUCUCGUCAUCACUUUCUCCGUGAUUGUUGUCGCAAUCAUUGUAACAUUAAUUUCUGUAUUUGUUACAAAAGCCCAUUACAGAUCCAAAGCAAAGAGGAGAAAACUUUCUAAAGAAAAGUUUAUUGAAAUGUUUUUGGGCGAUGAUUUCAAUAAGAACCGUAUAUCCUUUAUUGUUUAUGCAAGCGAUGAUCUAGAUGACCUGAAUAAAUCGUUCAGCCGCUGUUUAAACAACAAUUUACAAAACGCUCUAAAGACUGACCGGAGACUGAUUUCCAACGGCGACCUUGACAUUGCUCCAGGAUACCCUAUCAUAGACGAGGUACUACGAUGUGUCACCAAGUCAUGUACUUUGAUAGCUUUAGCAUCGAAGAAGUUCUGUGAAAGUGAGUGGUGUCAGAUCGAACUGCGAGAGGCUUAUAACUUAAAUAUUCCUAUAAUUUUGUUGUUUAAGGAAGAUGUCGAGGAAAGUUUGAUGUCACCGACAAUGCUGGCAGUGUUUAAAAAAUUUGCUAGAGCGAAACUUAUUGCAAAAGAUGACACAUUUGAAACAGUUCCUGAAUGGAACCAAUUUGUAGAGUCUGUUAUUAACUUAGCAAUUGAGGGUACUGGACUUAUGUAGAAAUUAAACAUAUCUUAACUCUUCACUUUAUAUUUGUAUAAAAUGAUUUUUAUUCGAGAUUUGAAAGGCUUAAUAUCGAUAAUCACGUAAGGUGGUUUCUAACAGAAAAUAUAUUAUCAAAGUUAUAAAAGUCAAUGUUUUAUUAAAUGUUGUUCAGUAUCUUUAAAUUUGACUUGUAUACAGUACGUGUAAUGUUAGUUCAAUCUGCUGAAAAAUUCAAAAACCAGUACUGCUGUGAAAUAAAAUGUAAUACUGGUUAAUACACCAACGCUUUCAAAAAGUAAACGUAAUUUAAAAGAUAUACUAUGCUCAAAUUUGAUAUUAGAAAAUAUUGAUAAUUGCUACACCGUCUCUUUGUGAAGCACGUAUUUUUUUUAUUCGUAUUCUUAUUUAAACUUAUUUACUAGUCGUAACAAAAUAUCAUUGUGUAAAUACAAAAACUAUUGAUUGUAUAAAGAUAUAUUAAAGUGUAUAAAACUAUAUCUUAUGAAACAUUUUUUAUAAAAAUAAUCAACAAUAAAAUCAUAAUGUUUCCAAACUUUUAUG